UUCCCCCUUUAUCUCGCUCAAAUGCAGAUCGCAAUUCGGCGUCUGUAUAAUGAGGGCACAUUAAACCAGCGCAGAGUCACGCAGGACGAGAGGAAGAUACAUAGACGACGCAUGGAGACAGCUUCUCGUACCAAUGCCCUAUUUAAGACCCUACUAAACCUGGAAUUCGAAAGAUCAAGACCCGUUAUUACCGGUUGAUUGCCAAUUUGCGUAAGACGGGCAAACAUCUCAGAAGCAAUCGGGCAAUGUUUGAUGUCACAUCAAGGAAAUUAAUUUCUUUCUACCAGUCAGACGUAUUGCUUUUGCCAUAGUACUUGACGGACUGGGAAACGACAUCUUGGUGCAUCUUUAUUUGUAUGGAGAAUUUUGGUCAGGUCGUGAAGAAAGAAGUUGCUUUGGAUCUCGCAAGUUACGAGCAUUGAGAUACUUGAAAUUUUACCCGGUUGAAAAAAGUAAUCUGCAUGAAACUCGUGGAAAUUGUAAAUAACUGUUUUAAUGAAACGGCUACGUCAGAUUUAUGAUUACCCACAAUUGUAAGUCUCGCUGGAUUCCAUAUGGCACCAAUUUUCUGCUGAAUUUUCACUUUUUGGAAGCUCGAUUAAGGUGAACGUGCUGAUUAUUGUAGGAAACAACUUGUAGGCUUUACCAUGAUGGAUGUAUGUAGCGAACAAACCAAGGAACUCAGCGAGAGUGUGGAGAGCUUGGACAAGGAGUUCCGUGAACGAGUAGCCCGACACCGCACGGAUCGAAGGUUGAGCGUCCCUCGGAUAGGAACGGACCUGACCUUCAAGCAAGAAGAAGCUCUACGAAGGAAAAAGGAUGAAAAAGAGGAGGAAGAGGAGGAGGAGGAAGAUGAUGAAGGAGAAGGUGGAGCUGUAGGUGGUGUUGAGAUCGACGCAGAGGGCGUCACGACACCUGAACGCUGUAUAACGGUAGAAGACUGCGGGGAACUGGAACUGGAUCUGACCCGACAGUUAGUCCCAAGCAAUGAAUCGAACAAAGAGAGACUUGAGAGACUCUUCCAGGCCGGCAUUGAGAGACAGAAUCGUGGUGAUGUUACCGAUGAUAAUGACGAGGAUGAUGAGGAAACUGCUAGGAAGGCGAGAAGGGAUACAGAGUUUUUGUUGAACAUCAUGGAAUCGGAGAAGGAGAAGAAACAGAGGAGAGGGAGUUGGAAGAGUGUUUGGGAUGAUGACGAUCCAGAGGAGGAUAGCAAGAUUAAUGAGGAUAUUGAGAAUGAUACCACGAAGCGGAUACUAUGGGCAGCGGAGAAUAACGAGAUAGAGACAGCCAAAGAUUUGCUGGAUAGCACACCCACCCUCAUCGGAGUAAAGGACGAGGACGGUUACACGCCGUUGCAUCGCGCAACGUACAACGGCCACACCGCAAUGGUCGAGUUCCUUCUUGAAAGAGGUGCAGACAUGUGCGCGCAAACUACGGACGGUUGGCAACCUAUACACUGUGCUGCGCGCUGGAACAAUCCGUGCGUCGCGUCGCUACUCGUUCAAGCCGGCUGCGACGUUAACGCCAUGACGAACGGCGGACAGACGCCGUUACACUUGGCGGCGUGUAGCGCUGAGUCGGAGGAGGUGCUUAGCUUAUUACUCAUGAGUCGCUUUAUUGAUACGACGUUGAAGAACGCGGCGAGCGAAACAGCGUAUGAUAUAGCGAGAAGGACAGGGCGACUUGUGUACUUAUUUGAAGCAAAAGACCCACACAUGCUGCCUUCGACCAGCUGACCCCACCAGUCAGAGUGUACACGGUAAUUACUACUGGUAACGGACCAAGAAUGAUAUUUUAAAGGACUGUAUUGUAAAACUGAAUUGAAUUACUCUUUAUAAUAUCAGACUAAAAAUGAUUCUCUCGGAGAAAGGCAACUUGAUGAAAUAAAAUGACAUGUGGAGAAUUUCCACGCGAUGAAAGUAAUGUAGCUCGUUAAAACGUCAUGUAAAUGUGUGCGAAUUGGCCCAUGGGAUUUUAAUGGUUUUCUGAUUAAAAACAUAUUUUGUCUUCAUGUGUUUCGUUUUGGUACAGACAAUAAUUUGCAACAUUCAGAAAUAUGAUGAUAUAUUUGGCAUUCUAUCAGCUCUCCCCUGUCCCUUGUCUUUCUCUCUCCUUACCUUUAUGUUUCUUUUAGUUUUCUUGCAGCUUGUCCUCUUCUUGUUCUUUCCCCAUUUCCCUCAUUCUUUUAUCAUUCUUUUCUUCAUUUCCUUCUCUCUAUCUGAUCUUCUUUGUUUCCUUCUUCUUCCUCUUCUUCUCCAUCAUCUUUCGUUUCGUGUGGAACCCUAUAAAAAGACACACACUCGUGCCGAAAAGGGUGUUCCAUUUUACAAGUGGUUCAUAAAUAAAUAAAUAAAU